AUGGAAACAAUUCGACCUUCUACUUCUACUACGCCUUCACUUACUCCUCCUCCUUCUUCUUCCUCUUCUCAUCCUAAACAUAAAAUAAAAAAAGUUGAAUCCGUUUCUGCUACUGAAUGUGCCAACUGCGGAACGACAACAACACCUCUUUGGAGAAGAGGACCUAAUGGUGAAAUUAUUUGUAACGCUUGUGGUCUUUAUUUAAAAGCAAGGAAUACACUUAGACCACCC